AUGAGCAACGGCACCCUACGCCUCGGUGCACAACUCACCAACUACAACUUCAACGACCUCACCCUGCGCCACACCCUGUCCAAUGGCUACAUGUGGGACUACCAUCUCCUGAUCAAGACCCGACAACUACUACACGUCUACAGCGUACACCACAACGACGGCGCGGAAAUCCUGAACUACAUGAGCGAGCCCAACACGGUUCAAGCACGACAAGAUCUUCGCCAGUCCCAACCAGACUACUGGCGCAACCGCGCGACCUUCCUCAGCAUUCACAGCCAUCUGGAGGAGUGGACGCAUCAGCUGCGGCAGUCCCGAGCCGCCUGGCACGCUGCGCGGCUACAGGUGGUCCCUCGGGUUGCUGUCCCGGCGGGGCUGCUGAAGUUGGUGCACGAGCUGGGCACUUCCAAUCUGGCAACAGGUCCCGUCGUUGUGCUCUCUGCGGACAACUUGCGCCAAUUGGUGGCAAAGCGACAGGGAGUCAACCUGUCGCAGCUGCACGUCUUUGAGGGCCCCUGGGGUGAGCUCAGCUUCUCCGAGGCGAAGGACUGGAAGGUCCUGAUGCAGGACAAUCUCAGUCUCAGUCAGAGCCUUCAGAACUUGGCCAAGAGGACCUUUGGCAGACAGCUAUGGGGCGACUCCCCGGAGUUCCACGGCGCUGCCUUCCUUCUGCACCACCAGAGGGCUCACCUGGUGUCAGCGGCACAAGUGGGCGUGGUGUCGAACGCAGCUGCUGUGGCAAAGUCUCCUGCAGAGUUCCUGAAAUGGGUUAUUGAGGAGUUCUGGGAGCAGCUUGGGAAAGACGAAAUGCUACGGCAGGAGCAGCUGAAGGAGCAGAGUUUUGACCCUGUGGACUCAGAGCCGAUGUCGAAUGAGUCGGAUGAGUCAGAUGAGUGGCAGCUCGUGGUCGUGGGCGUGUCGAGGAAAGGCGAAAUGUACACAGAUGCCUCAGAUGACGAAUAUGGCCCCAACUCAUGCCGUGACUGCCAGAUCCUGGCAGAAUGUGUCGCCCUCAUGGGAAUUUGCUCAGAGCCGGUGGUAUUUGCGAAAGAACUUGAGAGCCAGCCGGAAGGCGAUGCGUGCUUGCAAAUGGAGCUGCGAGAAAAGCUCACUAUAGCAACGACACGGAUGAAACAAAAGAAUAUCAAAAAGAUGAUGGUCUACUACGGAGGCCAUGGCGAGUCGAUUGACGAAGAUAGGACUGUGAGUUGCGAGCUUGGCCUCGUGCUGGAAGAUGAAGUCGUACGCGCCGUGGAGAUGGCGAUGUUGGAGUAUGUGUGUGCCAUCGUGCUUUUGGACUCGAGCAGAUGCUUGUCGCUUUGCCACGCAUACUCAAGCCCUCCUGACCGCAGCCCAACAAACACGUAUGUCUUCGGCUACUUCUGCCAAUUUGGGGACUGUAUGCGAGCUUCCAGCCUCGUGCCAGCUGCACUGAUGCAUAUGAUGCAGGCUGAAAAAGACGACUGUGAUAUUUCAUUUUUCUUGAUCCGGUUGAAGCGGCUGCUGCUCCACAUCACAGGUGGGCGGACCGACAUGCAAUUGGCAGGCCCCCUUCAGAGGGCUGCUGACCAGGAGUUUUUCCCAGCCGGGUGCCGCAAGCUGAAGUUGCCCUUUGAGCGCGCCAAGGUAAACGGUUUGCUGGAUGAAGAGUAUGAGGCCUUGCGGGACACGUUUGCUAUGUAUGGUCAUUGUGACUGCAUCAUGGAUAACAUGUAUCUGACUGGGGUUAUCCUUCAAGAGAUGUUGGAGGAUGCCAAGCAGAUGGUGGAGCAGGAUGGCGAAAGUCACGUGCCAGCCUCCAAACAUACGCUGAGGCACCUCAUUCCGCAGCUGGAGCGCAUUGCAAAAGUCUUCCACACAAAGAAAGAACUCUUCCGUUCUGAUUGGAGGCGAGAGUUCGAGGCGGUAGCGCUCCAGGAGGUAGGGCGCACAUCGUUUGACCACGUCCUCCAGCAACUCGAAGAAUUGACCGAGGAGUCCGAAUACCUUGGCUCUGGAUCAUCCUGGCCGCGAAUUCCAGAGGAUGUUCGCAGAUGUGUGGUGGAAGCUCGUCACAGAUAUUACCGCAAGGAAGGCGAGCAGGAUCUUAUGUCCAUUAGCCAUGUCAGUGAGGUCUUGCCGAUGUUGUCUAAAUACUUCACACCGUUGCCGCCUCUGGAUUCAGCAUCAUGCGUGCUCACAGAUGAUCUGGAAGAACAAGUAUUCAGAACAGUAUUCAUCUAUAAGCUUACCAUCCAUAUCUCUGCAUCGUGUGUGGACGGUUCUUUCUUGGUGAAUAAAAACCAACAACUGGCGCAAUUGGAUCACCUGCACAAACACUUCACGAAGAAUUACACUGAGACCAACGCGUACGAGAUUGAGAUCUGCAUUGACUUCGGCUAAAUCAUGCUGAAGCCUCCGACGUACACGCGAGCUCGUCCACUCAUGAAUCAUGAAGGGCCUUAUCUUGGUCCGUGACCAAGGAGCAUACAAAGAUCCGUGAGCGGUGACGUGGCGGAGAGGCAACGAAAAAAAGAGAGCGGUGAGCCUUUGGGCUGCGUGGCUUUUGCCUUUGGUGGAACCUGA